AAGGAAAGCAACAGAUGGAGAAAGUUUACAGCGGGUUAGCGGGAGAGAGCACCUUUUGGACGUGAUAGCUAACUUGGCCCAGCUCUUGCAGUCGUUGCUCGUCAUGGUGUGCAGAGUGUAUGUCGGGUGUCUGGCGGCGGUGCUGGCGCUGCUGAGCAGGCUGAGCGAGGCGGUUGGGCCGGUGGUCCGCUGCGAGCCCUGCGAUGCCCAGACUCUGGGGCAGUGUAAACCGCCACCAACGGACUGUGUGGAGAAGGUGCGGGAGCCAGGCUGCGGCUGCUGCAUGACGUGCGCGCUCACAGAGGGCCAGAAUUGCGGGGUGUACACGGAGAGGUGCGGCUCUGGUUUGACCUGCCAGCCACAGCCAGGGGAGAGUAAGCCACUACAGGCGAUGCUGGAGGGCAGGGGGGUGUGCUCCAGUUCGCCAUCCAGCAAACUGCGCACGAUUUUGCCGAGGAAUGGUUCAGGAAAUGCCAGUGGGUCUGAAGAAGAGAGAAACAGUAGUAGUGCAGACAUCCAAGACCACAGCAGUGUCAAGGAUCCUAAAUCAACUCACGGUACUCUAGAUGGAAUCAUCAAGAAAGAUCAGACCAAAAAACAACAGAGCUACAAAGUGGAUUAUGUGCCAACUGGAAUAUGUACAGAUUCAAACAACUUCUUUUCAGAAUCAAAGCAGGAAACAGAAUAUGGGCCAUGUCGCAGAGAAAUGGAGAGCAUAUUAAACAAUCUAAAAAUAAUGAAUGUGUUAAGUCCAAGGGGAUUUCGAAUUCCAAACUGUGACAAAAAAGGCUUCUACAAGAAAAAGCAGUGUCGCCCUUCCAAAGGAAGAAAAAGAGGCUACUGUUGGUGCGUAGACAAAUAUGGACAACCUUUACAAGGCUAUGAUGGAAAAGGGAAGGGGGAAGCACACUGCUACAACCUGGAAAACAAGUGAAGGAGAACAAGGACCUCCUAAGGACCCCUCUAUGUGUGUGCAUGCACGAGAAUGAUCCAUCUAAGACUUUUGGAGAUUUGGAGCUGCUGAUAUAUCCUCCAGGGGCUGCCUUGAAAAGUGGGAGCUGUGAAUUCUGCCACCUGUUGAGUGGAGAAUGAGAAAGGUUUCUGAAGACUGGAAACUGCCGUUUGGCCCUGACAUUUAUUUUAUUUUCCAGCUUUCUAUAUUGUGUAUAGAAAGUUCUGAAUUCCCAAAUAAACCUAGACAAAUUGCUGCACUAUUUGUUCCCAAGAGAAAAAAGGCACUUCAGAAAGGAAUCAGGGAAUUUCCACUGACUGUGUAAAGAACUGCCUGUGACCAAUUUGAUCCCGAAAGACACUGUUUUUAAAUGUAAAUAUUUAUAUUAUAUUAAAAUAUAUAAAUAUAUAAAAAUAUAUAUUUUAAGCUUGUAAAAAGUUAAAUUUAAGCUCAGUUCUCUACAGGUCUGACGGGAAUCUUGCCUUCACGGGUAAUUUUUUUUUUAUAUGAUUUCAAAGAAUUUUGUUCUUGUUAGAGCUUUCAUUUUACUAAAGUAAAAAGUCAUAGCUAUUUUUCUCUUUAAGAAAAGAAAUGAAAAAGCUGUUAGAAUAUUGUCUGUAUUUAAUAAAGUUAUGUUUUUUAAUAAACACUAUUUAAAUGUAAAAAUAUAAUUAUAUAUUUUUCCAUUCAGGACUUUAACUUGAAAGAACUGGUGUACUCUGGGAGGUUGAAAUCACAGAAAGAAUUUUAGAAGCAGUUAGUUUUUUUGUUUUUGUUUUGUUUUUGUAUCUUAAGAUGUGACCGUAGUCGAUUUUCACCCGACUAGAACAACAAAUUACAGCCAAAUAAGGUCACAAAAGGUCUAAUGGAUAAUGGGAUGGGGAUUAGAUAUAGUUUAAUUUAAGAAUGUCAAAGAAAAUAUUUACACAAAUGGGACACUGUAUAAACCAGCAAAUAAACUUAAAUGGCUAUAGGUACAGGAAGCUGAACUGAAAACCAAAUGAAUAAAUGGAACAUCUGAAGAAAUAUGAGUGGCUUGUGUUUAAAGAUAUGAAGUUUAGGAUGUUUUGUGUGUGUCUGUGUGCAUGUGCAGUCUAUGCAAAUUACUGCCAUGCAUGCAUAUUAACUGAGAAUGAAAAUAAUAAGUCAAAGUAGUUAGUGAAAAUCGAUGGAUGUUUGGACAGAUAAAUGCAUAACAAGGCACAUUACAUAUAUAGAGAAAAUUGUUUUAUAAAAAAUAUGCAAAAUAUUUAAAUAAACUUUUUCAAACCAAA